CACUCUGCUGCAGCUGUCCUGCCAGCUUCGGAGCACUCUAGGGGUGGGGAAAGGAAAGAGAAGACGCUCCCUCUCGUGAUAGCCGGCGUGGGACUUUGACUCUUUUCCAGGCGGCCGGGGAGAGGCCAGCCGGGAGGGUUGAUCAUUCUGUGCUGGAGGAAUCCCGGGGACUCCCUCCCCAUGGAGGGGAAGGAAGAGCGGCGCGCUCAGCAAGAGGCGCGGGAGAGCAACGUUCACAGAGUGGAUCCAUAUGGGUUUGAAAGACCAGCAGACUUUGACUAUGCCACAUAUGAAGAAUUCUUUUCCAGAUAUCUAGUGGUACUCACCAGAAGAGCAAUUAAAUGGUCCAAGCUUUUAAAGGGAAAUAACAGUGUUCAGAAAAGCAUAAAAGUGAAACGCUACAUCAGAAAAGGCAUUCCAAAUGAGCACCGUGCACUGGUUUGGAUGGUUGUGAGUGGCGCUCAGGCCUGCAUGGAACAAAAUCCUGGAUACUAUCAGAAAUUACUUGAGGGAGACAAAAAUGACAAGCUGGUGGAAACAAUUAAAACAGACAUGAACAGAACAUUUCCAGAUAAUGUACGAUUCCGCAAAACAGCUGAUCCCUGUUUACAAAAGACACUCUACAAUGUAUUAGUGGCAUAUGGGCACCAUAAUCAAUCAGUAGGAUACUGCCAGGGCAUGAAUUUCAUAGCUGGAUAUCUGAUUCUUAUAACAAGGAAUGAAGAGGAAUCCUUUUGGUUGUUAGAUGCUCUCAUUGGUCGGAUAUUACCAGAUUAUUAUAGUCCAGAAAUGAUGGGUCUGAAAACGGAUCAAGAAGUCCUUGGCGAGCUUGUGAAAAUGAAAGUUCCAGCGGUGGCAGAGUUAAUGGAGAGGCAUGACGUCAUGUGGACGUUGGUAGUAUCCCGUUGGUUCAUAUGCUUGUUCAUUGACAUUCUUCCAGUAGAGGCAAUUCUUCGAAUUUGGGACUGCUUGUUCUACGAGGGAUCAAAAAUAAUAUUUCGUGUGGCCUUAACAUUAAUUAAACAAAACCAAGCAUUCAUCUUAGAAGCCACUAAUUUCCCAGAUAUCUGUGAUAAAUUCAAACAGAUCACCAAAGGGCCAUCUGUAACAGAGUGUCACACUUUCAUGCAGAAAAUAUUUACAGAACCUGGAAGUUUGCGGAUGGCUACAAUAGACAAGCUUCGGGAAACAUGUAGAGAGAAGCUGAUUGCUCAGAGAUAAAUGGACAAUAUUUAAAAUAGACAAAAACAGGCACAUUCCUUCACUUAACUGCACUGAUCUGCGCACAAUUUUCAUUAGUGUUGGCUGACACUUGACCAAUUCUCAAUCCUUCAAGUAAGUGUAAACUAGAACUUGAUCCUUUUUUUAAAAAGACAUUGAAUAAAAUUUGUUUGAUGCAGUGGUAAGCAUUUUCAAACAAAAAGGCACUAGUUUCAGGAAAUUUUUUUGUAAUAUUUAAGCCAAUUGAUUGAUAAAUGUCUAGUGGUGAAAAUAAAUUUUUGUGAAAUUCCCCUUUUCUGAACCUGUAAA